GACGGACGGACGGUCGUCGGGCGGCAGGAGCGCGGCAAGGCCCCCGACCAGUCGAGCACGAGAGGCCGAGUCGAGCGCCGUCGUCGCGAGCGAGCCGAGCACAACGAACACAACCGAACGCAACCGAGUCCGCGGAUAAGGCCGAACGCUCACGUAGUAGUCCAGCCGUGAGGAAGAGGACCGACGUCCGAUCGCGCGAGUGAGCGUCAUCCGGGGCCCAGGGAGUGCGCGCCGAGCGGGGCAUGCCGGGCCCGAGGCCCUAGGCCCGGCCACGUGCACUUGUGAUUUGGACGAGGAAUAAAGGGGAGAACCCGAGACCAAGAGCCUGAGGAAGGAGGAGCCUCGACGGGAGCAGGUACCGAGGAGCCAGCGCGAUGCCCAAGAUAUUUCUCAUAAAGAACCGGCUGCACCAGCAGCAGCUGCGUCUGCUGGAGGCACAGCACCUCGGCAAGAGUCCGCCACCAGGAGGCAAAGAGAGUCCGCUCGGUGGUGCCGAGCCACUCAGCCUCAUCGUCAACAAGCAUCAGUAUCGAGACAAGUCGGACGAUGAACGAGCGACGACGCCGGAGUCACUGCGCAGCAGUGGAUCACCGGCUUGUUCACCGCCCCCGAUUCCGGGGCCCUCCUCGCCGGGACCCUGCCGUACUGACGGUCCAGCACGCCGCUUCAUCUCCAGUAUCCUCGGGGGUGACGUGCCUUACGGUAGCCGUGGCCACGUGCUCACGCGCAAGGAGCCAAGCCUGACACCGAGGCCCGAGUCCCAGCUCGCCGUGUCCAAGCCCGAGCGACUGGAGCUCCCGCGACCCUCGACACCGCCGAGGACGCCAAGGCCCGAGGCUCCCACGAGGGUCUCCGUCAUACAGAGGGUGCCGCCGAAGGCGCAGAGCGCCAGGCGCGAAGACACCAAGAUCGAGAUACCGCGCACCCAAGAGCCCGAGCAGGAGCAGCCGAUCGAUUACGCGGUGCCGAAGCGAAAGGAGGAGCCCGAGGAGAGUAGUAACGAGCGCGGACGCGAAGGUGCCAAAGCGACACGUUCGACCAUCGGCAACUCGAUAGCCCGUCCACUCUUGGCGAUGAGGCUGUCCAGUUCUCAAGGCAUUCACGUAGCGGCGAGCGGACACGGGAGAUCGAGUGGCGCCAGCGGUGGUGGUGGCAGUGGCGGUGGUACUGGCGGUAGCGGCGGCGGUGGCGGUGCCGGCGGGGGUGGCAGCAGCGGCACCGGCGGUGGUAGCCAGUCGGGAAAUUCGGGCUCGUCGGCCGGGGGUGGUGGCUCGGGUGGAGCAUCCUCCGGUGGUGGCUACGUAUCCGGUAGUGGCGGAGGAGGUGGUGGAACGGCUGCUGGCGGUGGCACCGGCGGCGCCGGUGGCGGUGGCAUGAAUCCCGGAGGUAAUGGCGGUCGCGGCAACUACGGCCCGAGCUCGCCGCCCACCGGCUCAUUGCCGCCCUUCUACGAGAGCCUCAAGGGUGGCAACAACCUCGCCAACUUUGCCAGUCAAUAUAACGGCAACGGCUACCUGACGGCGUCGCCGACCGUCGGCAUGGAGUGCGACACCGGCCAGCAGGACAGUAGCCUCAAUCCUCAGCAGCAGUAUGCCGCCCAGGAGGGCAAGCAGUACUCCCUCCUGCAGAACGUCUGCGCCUCGUACGGCAUAGCACUGAAGGAGGAGGAGGACCUUACGGCCUACAAGAUCCAGCCGAGCGAUCUACUGAGCGGCCAGUACGGGCCCUACGACGUCACGGACUCGGGUAUGAUGCUCGACGUCGUCUCCGGUGCCGUGGUCGAUCCCCUCCAGUUCUCGGCGACCCUCACCUUCAGCUCCGAUCACACGGCCUUGCUCGAGAGCCUCAGCGACGCGGCGGACCUCUUUCUGCCGAGACUGCCGGCCGAGGAGGGUGCGGCCGAGCUCCUCGACGAGACUCUGCACUCGCCGGCAUCGGCCGGCAGCGCGGCCAUGGCCCAGGAUGGCCAGAUAAGCACGCCUGUCGAGCCAAGCGUCGACCCCUUCCCCGAGCACAGCAUCUCCCUCACCAGAGGAUUCGACGCCUCCAGACAUUACGGGGCACCGCAGCACUUCACAUCCUCAAAACUCUCGGCGCUCUAUUCGAACGGCGACUCGAGCUACCAGACACUACCCAAAGAGCGCUCCGAAUUGGGUCUGCACAUCAAUCAGACCCAAAAUGAGCCUCAGCUCCAGCAGUUGCAAAUUCAGGUGCAGAUGCAGCAACAGCAGCAGCAACAGCAACAGCAGCAACAGCAACAGCAGCAACAGGCCAUGUCACCCCACCACCAGCAUCAUCAUCAAGGCCUCGAGUUGGAUUCCGGAAGUAGCGCUGGUGGCAGCCUGCCGAGUCCCGGUGCCGGGAGCUGUUCGCUCGACGCGACCUCCGCCAGCACCUCGCCUUCCUGCGCCCUGAUGGACCACGCGCCGAGCCCUGCGGGAGUCGCCUCCAGUACUUCCUCGAACGCCGGCGAGCCACCGCUAACACAAAGGCUUGGCCUACCCGGGGACUGCCAGCUCGAAUUCGUCAACGGGGGCCACGGCAUUAAGAACCCGCUGGCGAUCGAGGGCCAGAGGCAGGCGGCGACGAGCCGCGACGAGGAUCGCACAGCCCGGCCGCCCCCUGGCAAGGACGACGACCCGAGCAGGUUCACGUGCCGCGUCUGCAGCAAGAACUUCAGUCUCCAGAGACUGUUGAAUCGGCACAUGAAGUGCCACAGCGACGUCAAACGCUACCUCUGCACCUUCUGUGGCAAGGGCUUCAACGACACCUUCGACCUCAAGAGGCAUACGCGCACACACACGGGCGUACGACCCUACAAGUGCAACCUCUGCGAGAAAAGCUUCACGCAACGCUGCUCCCUCGAGAGCCACUGCCUCAAGGUGCACGGUGUCCAGCACCAGUACGCUUACAAGGAACGACGUACCAAGGUCUACGUUUGCGAGGAGUGCGGCCACACGACACAGGAGCCGGAAGUGCAUUACCUGCACCUUAAGGAUAAGCACCCGUACAGUCCAGCCCUGCUGAAGUUCUACGACAAGCGCCACUUCAAGUUCACGAACAGCAACUUUGCCAACAUGCUGCUGCAGGGUGGGCUGCUGCAGCGGGACUCGCGAAACGCCGACUCCUGCGUCAAGUCUGCCUCGAAAGCGCUCGAGACCACGCAGCUGCGGCGCGCCUCGACUUUGUUACACAUGGGCCGGGCCUCCACGUUCUGAGUCCGCGGGAUCAGCCACGAGGGAGGACUGCGGCGAGCCGGGGAGGAGCUACGAGAGCCUCUUGUCGCUCUCGCUACGGCAUCCUUCAGUAUUUACUAAUCGACGAUUUUCUGACAAUACCAUAAUGAGUUGCUCCUGAUA